GCCGCCCGGACCCUUUUCAUUAAUAUUGUGCCCCUGCAGCAGCGAUGGCUGCUUUCUUCCUGACCGCAAGACCUCUUUGUGCCAUCCUCCACCUUCCCAGAACUCCAAGCAAACUCCAUCGCCAGUUUUCCUAGUCGUCGUCAUCGUCGUCGACAGUCCAGAGACUUCCAGCCGACUACCAGUCCCCCAACGCUACCUUCACAAUGGCUUCUACCAACUACAAGGAGGCUUUCUCGUUGUUCGACAAGCGCGGCAACGGCCGUGUCUCCCUCGACAGCCUCGGCGACCUCCUCCGCGCCUGCGGUCAGAACCCUACCCUGUCCGAGAUCCAGGACCUCGAGAAGAGCGUCGGUGGCGACUUCGAUUUCGAGACGUUCCAGCGCAUCCUGAACCGCCCUGGCGGCUUCCGCGACCCGGGCGAGCCCGAGGAGUACUGCCGCGGCUUCCAGGUCUUUGACAAGGACAUGACGGGCUUCAUCGGCGUCGGCCAGCUCAAGUACAUCCUGACGAACCUCGGCGAGAAGAUGACCGACGACGAGGUGGACGAGCUGCUCAAGGCCGUCGACACCAGCUCAGGACAGGUCAACUACACUGAUCUUGUCCGGACUAUCCUCGCCAACUAGAAGUCGAAUCUCGCAAGCUGUGGUGGACGCCACCACGCUUUCUGGAACGCAAGCAAUGAUGUAUAAUGGUUUUAUGGACAACAGGAAUUCCCGGGACAUAGCAUGGGUACAGGAGAUGCAGGCGUUCAUAUUGUUUGCUUUGACAAAGAGAAAUGCGAUGUUCGGUUUUUGCCAUGGCCGUUGGCUGUUCUGGUUAGCAGCGUGACCAAGCCAGACACGCGAUUCGUUGCUUAUCGCCGCUUCAUCCGUUUGACCGUUGACUUGCGUUGUUUUCUCACCCUACAACAUACUACAAGCUGCCUGAUGAGCCCUGCAUGCGCUGUUUUGGGUGAGGACUCCAGACAUGGAGGAGGCCACCUGACGGGCACCAGUCCAGUUCCACUAUCUUGCGGAGUAAUGGGAUGAAGAGGA